UUCGUAGGCAACAACCUCGACGUGUAUUCGUCUAUCGUGGUCUUACUUUUCUCUAUGUUUUGAUUACGACUCAGAUCAUACUUGUUGGACAGCCCCAGCAUCGCAGAAGAUCCCAAUCAAGAUGUCGUACCAACCACCGCCGGAGGACGACGGGCUAGCUUAUGGACAUGACUACUCUCAAUCCCGGGGAAGUGGUCAGAGCGGCACGGAUCGAUCAUUGAUUGGGGACACCUUCAAGAAGUUCAAGACCGGCUAUGACAAGUACAAAACCUCAUCAUCGUCAGGGCCAAACUACGGGUAUUCAUCCUCAGGUUCCAACCAAGCCUAUUAUGGUCAACAGGGCCAGAAUGCAACCACAGGGCAGCCACAGUCAUCAUACUAUGGCCAGCAGGGCCAGAAUCAAACCCCACAACAAUCGUACUAUAGUCCACCAGGAUCAUCUGCUGGUCAACCGGCCUAUCCAGGGGGGCCUCCUUCGCAACAGCCUGGGGGGAAACCAGACAUGGCUUCGAAGCUGUUUGGGGCUCUGCAGAAUACGGUUCAGAAUAUAGGCUCUGAUGUUCAACACUUGAUCGACCCCAGUCACAAACCGCCUACCCAGUAUGGCAAUCAACCUUCAGGACAAAUCGGCUCGACUUACGCCAAUAUGCCGGCCGGUCCAGGCCAGCCUGCGGUCAAGAAUCGAUUUGAUGCAUUCGCUUCCGAGAAGCCCGGCAACGACGUGAAAUGGUAUGUUGAUGGCUGCGGAUACUUCUGGGCAGUAAGCCAAGCUCUUGAGAGGGCGAAGCAUUCCAUAUGGAUUCUCGAUUGGUGGCUGUCUCCUGAGCUAUACCUCCGUCGACCUCCAUCUCAGAACGAGCAAUGGCGACUCGAUCGAAUUCUCCAACGAGCUGCACAGCGUGGUGUCAAGGUCCACAUCAUUGUUUACAAGGAAGUCACACAAGCAUUGACGCUGUCAUCCGCCCACACCAAACACGAAUUGGAAAAGUUGUCACCCAAUAUCUCCGUCUUCCGACACCCUGACCACCUCCCCGAUGCUCAGACUACCCAGUCGUCCUUGAUCUCAUCACUUCAGGGUCUCAAGCUCGAUGCUGCGGGUGCUUCCAGACUUGGUGCAGAUGCGUUGAAAGGUAUCUAUGGAAUUACUGACGACGUCAUCCUCUACUGGGCGCACCACGAGAAACUCUGCCUUAUCGAUCGUGACAUUGCAUUCAUGGGUGGUCUCGAUCUUUGUUUCGGCAGGUGGGAUACGAAUCAACAUGCUAUUGCCGAUGUCCACCCUUUGAACGUGAAUGACACCGUCUUCCCUGGACAAGAUUACAACAAUGCCCGAGUGAUGGACUUCAGCGAUGUUGCAAAUCCGUUCCAGAAUAAGCUUGAUCGGACGACAAGUUCUAGAAUGGGCUGGUCCGACAUUGCAAUCUGCCUCCAGGGGUCCUGUGUCGCUGACCUCUGCCAUCAUUUCAUUGAUCGCUGGAACUUCAUCUACGAUGAGAAGUACAAUGUUCGGCAAGACCAGCGCUACUACCGGAUCGCCGACGAUUAUCCCCAUACUUCUUCAGGACCAGGGCAAAGACCACAAUCGCAGCAAUCGCAGCAUGCGCAGACACAACCCCAACAGUCCCAACAACAGACUUCGAGUUAUCUUCAGCCACCAGGACCAGGCGGUUCAUUUCCUCCUCCUCCAGGCAGUCAACCCUACAGCCCACCUGCGUGGCAUAGCACCAGCAGACCGCAUACACCUGGUGGAGAUUCAUAUCAGCCUCAACCGAGCACCAGCCCUGGAGUUAGCCCGUCCUUGCAGCCAGCGGCGACAUAUACUUCAAGCACGCCUUCUACUUAUGGUCAGCCUGCACCCACGGGUGGUCAACCGCAGUAUCAGACCUCGCCGCCUCCUCCAGCCGGAAACUACGGCCAACAACCGAACCUCUACUCACAGCAGAAUUUCCCUCCCCCACCACCAGGGCCACCGCCACAAUCUACUUCCGGAGUGACGCCAUCUUAUGCAGAAUACCAGCCGCUUCAAAGCCAUGACUCGCAGCAAGGGUACGCGCCGUACAACCAGGGUCCUACCGAGUUAUCUUCUCAGCAAAACCCAGGGCAACCGUAUCAGCAUCAAACAUAUCAACAACCUGGGUCCGAGCAAAGCCGCGGCGUUGAUGACUACGAGUCUGAGCAGAGUCGAGGGUAUGGCAAUUUUGGUUAUGCCAAUGAAAACGAAUCUCCCUACCAAGGAGAACGAGGUUUGCGAGACCGAAUGAAUCAAUACAAGGACCAGGGUAGGAAAUUCGGCCAGGAGUUGACGUCUGUUGGCAACAGAGUGUCAAGCGAAUUCGGCGGACGAUUUGGCAAAUACAUGGGAGGCUUUGAGCAAGGUGGGCGUCCUUACAAUGCACCUCGCGGUCCCAUGACAUGCCAAGUGCUUCGCAGCUGUACUACAUGGAGUAACGGAACGCCCUUGGAACAUUCGAUUCAGAAUGCGUACAUUGAUGUCAUUCGAAACAGCCAGCAUUUUGUUUACAUCGAAAAUCAGUUCUUCAUCACCGCGACUGGAGAUAAACAGCAUCCUGUCAAGAAUUUGAUUGGACAAGCUCUUGUUGAGCGGAUAUUGCGCGCGGCUCAGAAUGGUGAGAAAUACAAGGUCAUUGUCGUGAUUCCAGCAGUGCCAGCGUUCGCUGGUGACCUGCGCGACGACGCCUCCUUAGGCACUCGUGCGAUAAUGGAGUUCCAGUACAAUAGCAUCAACCGGGGUGGUGAGUCGAUCAUGGAAAAGAUUGCACAGGCUGGGUUCAAUCCAAUGGAUUAUAUUCGCUUUUACAAUCUGCGAAACUAUGAUCGAAUCAAUUGUAACAAUGCUAUGCGCCAGGCUGAGCAAGCAAGCGGAGUCAGUUAUGAAGAAGCACGGAAGCAACAUGGUGAUAUCGUUGGAGCUGGAUACGGAUCACAGGGCUACGGUACUGGUGCAACCCAACCCUCCCAGGCGCCUCAAUAUCAACGUUACCAAAUGGCAGCACAAGGGAUCCAAUCUCCGGACGGUCGUUGGGACACAGUGUCUCAAUGUUAUAUGCUUGGAGGUCAAGAUAUCCGCUCCGUUCCGUGGGAUGGGCCACCUGAAGAGGAACUUGAUGCCUUCGUGAGCGAAGAGCUGUAUAUUCACUCAAAGUGUCUGAUCGCAGAUGAUCGUAUCGUCAUUUGUGGUUCCGCAAACUUGAACGACCGGAGUCAGCUCGGCUCUCACGAUAGCGAGAUUGCACUUCUGAUCAAUGAUCCUACUCCUCUCCAGACCUAUAUGGCAGGUCGACCAUACACAGCCAGUCGCUUCGCUGCUUCCUUGAGACGACAGCUAUUCCGCAAACAUCUUGGUCUAGUCCGCCCGCAAGACCUCCACAGACCUGACCCUAACUUCGAUCCGGUUGGAGUACCAAACAUGUACGACUGGGAUAGCCCCGAGGACAACAUCGUCUCUGAUCCUCUGAGCGAUACCUUUCAGAGUCUAUGGAACACUCGGGCCCGCACAAAUACCGAUGUGUUCCGUAAAGCCUUCCGAGCAGUCCCUGAUGAUUAUGUUACUUCUUGGGCAGAAUAUAAGGAAUUCUAUGAGUACUAUUUUCACACUGCCGAUCAAAAAGACGACGACAAGGCGAGCCGAGUGCCGCCACGAGUUCAGUAUGGACAUGUUGUUCGAGGAGACUUUCCAGGCGGAGUUGGCGAACUGAAGGAGUUGUUGAGCCAGGUCAAAGGCACAUUGGUAGAAAUGCCAUUGUGCUUCUUGCAGAAUGAGGAUAUAGCCAAAGAGGGUCUCAGUCUAAACGCCCUAACAGAGCCGCUUUACACUUGAGAUAGUCUGAUACUGAUCGUGUACGUUCAACAUCGGUAUGGACGUAGGAGGAAAAUAACGACUGUAUGAUCCAUGAAUACAAAACCAAGUAGAAAAUCAAAAUCGCUCGGUGGC